CAAACACACACACCCCUCUGGAUUGGCUCCUUGGCUCUAGCUGCCUGCAGUAGAGCAGCGACCUCUUAGCACCACCACCAGCAGCAGCGACGGCGAGAGGGCGGCUGCAGUUGGACCGCCGGCGAGGGAGCUGCCACCAUCAUGCAAGGGGACCAGGCGGAGAAGAGGGGGAAGGUGAAGAAGGGGUGGCUGGCGGUGCGGGUCGGCCAGGCCCAGGCGGAGCAGCAGGGCGACGGGUUCCAGCGGUUCGUCAUCCCCAUCGCCUACCUCUACCACCCGCUCUUCCAGCGCCUGCUGGAGGCGGCCCGGGACACGUAUGGCUACAACUCGGCCGGCCCGCUCUGGCUGCCCUGCUCCGUCGACGACUUCCUCCGCCUGCGCGCGCUCGUCGACCGGGAGACGGCGCACUCGCACUCCUCCUCCUCGCACCGCGUGCACGUGCAGGCCGGCGGCCACCACCAGCAGCAGCACGGUUACUCCUUCGCCCCGUGCACCCGCGCCAGAGUCACCUCCUGAUCGACCCACAUCGAUCAUCGAGCCCCGGCGGCCCUUCGUGCGUGCGUGCGCAUGGCGACUGUGAGCACCGGCGCGCGAGCAGGGAGGAGUCCAUCAGUCCACCGGAGACGACGCACAUGUACACUACACGUACAUAGAGAUGCAGAGAGAUACGGAGAUGCUUGAGAGGCAGUAGAUGAUUAGUCUAUCAUCCAUAUUGCCUAUGAUUUCGGCCUUGUUGUUCUUCUGAUUCUUGCACAUGCUUGUGUACUAGAUUAAUUAACAGACCGAUGUAUAAUUAACAGUUGAAUUCGAUCACAGUCGUCACAGCCCGGUUUACUAUCUAUUACAACUUGAUGUCUUGAUC